GCGCUGGGCGAGGGUGAGCARGUGCGAAUGACCUCGGAGGGCUCCGACUGCCGCUGCAAGUGCAUCCUGCGGCCACUGAGCAAGGAGGCGUGCGGGCGGGCGCGCGACGGCAGCCUGCGUGCUGAGGACUUCUACACGGUGGAGACGGUGAGCUCGGGGGCCGACUGCAAGUGCUCCUGCACCGCGCCGCCCUCCUCGCUCAACCCCUGCGAGAACGAGUGGAAGAUGGAGAAGAUGAAGAAGCAGGCGCCCGAGCUCUUCAAGCUGCAGUCCAUGGUGGACCUGCUCGAGGGGACGCUCUACAGCAUGGACCUCAUGAAGGUCCACUCCUACAUCAACAAGGUGGUGGCCCAGAUGAACACCCUGGAGGAGACCAUCAGGAGCAACCUGAGCAGGGAGAGCGAGCAGGUGAAGCAGAGCGUCCUGCACCUUAGCGACCAGAUGCGCCGCUACGAGAACUACUCCGACAUCAUGAUGGGCAUCAAGAAGGAGAUCUCCAACCUGGGCCACCAGCUGCUGCAGAAGGAUGCGGCGGCCGACAGCAAGGCGCAGGACACGGCCGGCGGCCGCGGCAGGGACACAGGCCGCUACGCCAGCACCCGCAAGAGCCCGCCCGAGCGGGGCAAGGCCGCGGAGGCACUGCGUGCACCCAAGGAGAAGCAGCCCAAGGCGGAGAAGCCCAGGAAGGAGCCGGCAAAGGGCCGGGGGGCGGCGCAGCCCACGCCGAAGCCCCGGGYGCCCGUGGCGCCGCAGCCGCUGCCUCGCAGCAUCACCUACUACAAGUCGCGGCAGGAGGCGGAGGGACCGGCCGGGGGCGCCGGCCGCGGCGAGUCCGGGCUGCCCCGGGCGCGGGGGGCGGCUGCCCCAGCAAACCCGGCCGGGCGCCCAGCCCGCGUCAUCCCCCCGUCCGCGGGGACUGCGCCGGGGCUGGAGAGCAGCCCCCCGCGCCCGGGCACCGCCGAGCCCCCCGCCAACAGCACCCGCGGCCCCGAGGCGCCCGGUGGAGGUGGGUGAGCGCGGCCGGGGCGGGAGGGCCAGCAGCGCCCAUGGGCGCUGUGCGGAGCCGCCCUCCCGCUGCCGGUGCYGCCCGCAGCGUGCGAGGGCACCCUGGCCUCGGUGGAGCCCCCGGCCGAGCAGCACAGCUAUGGGCGCAACGAGGGCGCCUGGAUGAAGGACCCGGCGGCCAAGGACGACCGCGUCUACGUCACCAACUACUACUACGGCAACAGCCUCGUGGAGUUCAGGAGCCUGGAGAGCUUCAAGCAGGGCCGCUGGAGCAACGUCUACAAGCUGCCCUACAACUGGAUCGGCACCGGGCACGUGGUCUAUCGCGGCGCCUUCUACUACAACCGCGCCUUCACCAAGAACAUCAUCAAGUAUGACCUGCGGGAGCGCUACGUGGCCGCCUGGGCGCUGCUCCACGACGUGGUCUACGAGGCCGCGACGCCCUGGAAGUGGCGGGGCCACUCGGACAUCGACUUCGCCGUGGACGAGAGCGGGCUCUGGGUCAUCUACCCGGCGGCGGACGACGACUACGCGCAGCAGGAGGUGAUCGUCCUGAGCCGCCUCGACCCGGCAGACCUCUCCGUGCGCAAGGAGACCACGUGGAGGACAGGGCUGCAGCGCAGCGCCUACGGCAACUGCUUCGUGGUGUGCGGCGUCCUCUACGCCGUGGACACCUACAGCCAGACGGACGGGCACAUCUCCUACGCCUUCGACACGCACACGGACACCGAGGCGGACCCCAGGCUGCCCUUCCUCAACCAGUACGCCUUCACCACGCAGGUCGACUACAACCCCAAGGAGAAGGUGCUCUACGCGUGGGACAACGGCCACCAGAUGACCUACAGGCUGCACUUUGCGGUGUGAGCG